CGGGCCAGUCGUCGGAGCAGACGGGAGUUUCUCCUCGGGGUCGGAGCAGGAGGCACGCGGAGUGUGAGGCCACGCAUGAGCGGACGCUAACCCCCACCCCAGCCGCAAAGAGUCUACAUGUCUAGGGUCUAGACAUGUUCAGCUUUGUGGACCUCCGGCUCCUGCUCCUCUUAGCGGCCACCGCCCUCCUGACGCACGGCCAAGAGGAGGGCCAAGAAGAAGAAGACAUCCCACCAGUCACCUGCGUACAGAACGGCCUCAGGUACUAUGACCGAGAUGUUUGGAAACCCGAGGCCUGCCGGAUCUGUGUCUGCGACAACGGCAACGUGUUGUGCGAUGACGUGAUCUGCGACGAAACCAAGAACUGCCCCGGCGCUCAUGUCCCCCCGGGCGAGUGCUGCCCCGUCUGCCCCGACGGCGAGGCGUCACCUACCGGCCAAGAAACCACAGGAGUCGAGGGACCCAAAGGAGACACUGGCCCCCGAGGCCCAAGGGGACCUGCCGGCCCCCCUGGCCGCGACGGCAUCCCUGGACAGCCUGGACUUCCUGGACCCCCCGGCCCUCCCGGACCCCCCGGACCCCCUGGCCUCGGCGGAAACUUUGCUCCCCAAAUGUCUUACGGCUACGAUGAGAAGUCAACUGGAGGAAUCUCUGUGCCUGGCCCCAUGGGUCCUUCUGGUCCUCGUGGUCUCCCUGGUCCCCCUGGCGCACCUGGUCCCCAAGGUUUCCAAGGCCCCCCUGGUGAGCCCGGCGAGCCUGGAGCUUCAGGUCCCAUGGGUCCCCGUGGUCCCCCUGGUCCCCCUGGCAAGAACGGAGAUGACGGUGAAGCUGGAAAGCCUGGUCGUCCUGGUGAGCGUGGGCCUCCUGGACCUCAGGGCGCCCGGGGAUUGCCUGGAACUGCUGGCCUUCCUGGAAUGAAGGGACACAGAGGUUUCAGUGGUUUGGAUGGUGCCAAGGGAGACGCUGGUCCUGCUGGUCCCAAGGGCGAGCCUGGUAGCCCCGGUGAAAAUGGAGCUCCUGGCCAGAUGGGUCCCCGUGGUCUGCCUGGUGAGAGAGGACGCCCCGGAGCCCCUGGCCCUGCUGGUGCUCGUGGAAAUGACGGUGCUACCGGUGCCGCCGGCCCCCCUGGUCCCACUGGCCCCGCUGGUCCUCCCGGCUUCCCUGGUGCUGUUGGUGCUAAGGGUGAAGCUGGUCCCCAAGGAGCCCGUGGCUCUGAAGGUCCCCAGGGUGUGCGUGGCGAGCCCGGCCCCCCUGGCCCUGCUGGUGCUGCUGGCCCUGCUGGAAACCCUGGUGCUGACGGACAGCCUGGUGCCAAAGGUGCCAACGGUGCUCCUGGGAUUGCCGGCGCUCCUGGCUUCCCUGGUGCCCGAGGCCCCUCUGGACCCCAGGGCCCCAGCGGCCCUCCCGGUCCCAAGGGUAACAGUGGCGAACCUGGUGCCCCCGGCAACAAAGGAGACACUGGCGCCAAGGGAGAGCCCGGCCCCACUGGUAUCCAAGGCCCCCCUGGCCCCGCUGGGGAAGAAGGAAAGCGAGGAGCCCGAGGCGAACCCGGCCCCACUGGCCUGCCCGGACCCCCUGGCGAGCGCGGUGGACCCGGUAGCCGUGGCUUCCCUGGCGCAGAUGGUGUGGCUGGUCCCAAGGGUCCCGCUGGUGAACGUGGUUCUCCUGGCCCUGCUGGCCCCAAAGGUUCUCCUGGUGAAGCUGGUCGCCCCGGUGAAGCUGGUCUGCCUGGUGCCAAGGGUCUGACCGGAAGCCCCGGCAGCCCCGGUCCGGAUGGCAAAACUGGUCCCCCUGGUCCCGCUGGUCAAGAUGGUCGCCCCGGACCCCCAGGCCCCCCCGGUGCCCGUGGUCAGGCUGGUGUGAUGGGAUUCCCCGGGCCUAAAGGUGCUGCUGGAGAGCCUGGCAAAGCAGGAGAACGAGGUGUCCCUGGGCCCCCUGGCGCUGUUGGUCCUGCUGGCAAAGAUGGAGAAGCUGGAGCUCAGGGACCCCCCGGCCCUGCCGGCCCUGCUGGUGAGAGAGGCGAACAGGGCCCUGCUGGCUCUCCCGGAUUCCAGGGUCUUCCUGGCCCCGCGGGUCCUCCCGGUGAAGCAGGCAAACCUGGCGAACAGGGUGUUCCUGGAGAUCUUGGUGCCCCCGGCCCCUCUGGAGCCAGAGGCGAGAGAGGUUUCCCUGGUGAACGCGGUGUGCAAGGUCCCCCCGGUCCUGCCGGUCCUCGGGGAGCCAACGGUGCCCCUGGCAAUGAUGGUGCUAAGGGUGAUGCUGGUGCCCCCGGAGCCCCCGGUAGCCAGGGUGCUCCUGGCCUUCAGGGAAUGCCUGGUGAACGAGGUGCAGCUGGCCUUCCUGGCCCUAAGGGUGACAGAGGCGAUGCCGGUCCCAAAGGUGCUGAUGGUUCUCCUGGCAAAGAUGGUGUCCGUGGCCUGACUGGCCCCAUUGGUCCUCCUGGCCCCGCUGGUGCCCCCGGUGACAAGGGUGAAGCUGGUCCCAGCGGCCCCGCUGGUCCCACUGGAGCUCGUGGCGCCCCCGGAGACCGUGGUGAGCCUGGUCCCCCCGGCCCUGCUGGCUUCGCUGGCCCCCCUGGUGCUGAUGGCCAACCUGGUGCUAAAGGCGAGCCCGGAGAUGCUGGUGCUAAAGGCGAUGCUGGUCCCCCUGGUCCCGCUGGCCCCACUGGACCCCCCGGCCCCAUCGGCAACGUUGGUGCUCCUGGACCCAAAGGUGCUCGAGGCAGUGCCGGUCCCCCUGGUGCUACUGGUUUCCCUGGUGCUGCUGGCCGAGUCGGUCCUCCCGGCCCCUCUGGAAACGCUGGACCCCCUGGCCCUCCCGGCCCUGUCGGCAAAGAAGGCGGCAAAGGCCCCCGCGGUGAGACUGGCCCCGCUGGGCGUCCCGGGGAAGUCGGUCCCCCUGGUCCCCCCGGCCCUGCCGGUGAGAAAGGAUCUCCUGGUGCUGACGGACCUGCUGGUGCUCCCGGCACUCCCGGACCUCAAGGCAUUGCUGGACAGCGUGGUGUGGUUGGCCUGCCCGGUCAGCGAGGAGAAAGAGGCUUCCCUGGUCUUCCCGGCCCCUCUGGUGAACCUGGAAAACAAGGUCCUUCUGGACCAAGUGGUGAACGUGGCCCCCCUGGUCCCAUGGGCCCCCCUGGAUUGGCUGGACCCCCUGGCGAGUCUGGACGUGAGGGAUCUCCUGGUGCUGAAGGCUCCCCUGGACGAGAUGGUUCUCCCGGCCCCAAGGGUGACCGUGGUGAGACCGGCCCUGCUGGCCCCCCUGGUGCUCCUGGCGCUCCUGGUGCCCCUGGUCCCGUCGGCCCUGCUGGCAAGAAUGGCGACCGUGGUGAGACUGGUCCCGCUGGUCCCGCCGGUCCCAUCGGCCCCGUCGGUGCUCGUGGUCCCGCUGGACCCCAAGGCCCCCGUGGUGACAAGGGUGAGACAGGCGAACAGGGUGACAGAGGCAUAAAGGGUCACCGUGGCUUCUCCGGUCUCCAGGGUCCCCCUGGCCCUCCCGGCUCUCCUGGUGAACAAGGUCCUUCCGGAGCUUCUGGUCCUGCUGGUCCCCGAGGUCCCCCCGGCGCUGCUGGCUCUCCUGGCAAGGACGGACUCAACGGUCUCCCAGGUCCCAUCGGCCCCCCUGGUCCUCGUGGUCGCACUGGUGAUGCUGGCCCUGUUGGUCCCCCCGGCCCUCCUGGACCCCCCGGUCCUCCCGGUCCUCCCAGCGGUGGUUUCGACUUCAGCUUCCUGCCCCAGCCACCUCAAGAGAAGGCUCACGAUGGCGGCCGCUAUUACCGGGCCGAUGAUGCCAACGUGGUCCGUGACCGUGACCUCGAGGUGGACACCACCCUCAAGAGCCUGAGCCAGCAGAUCGAGAACAUCCGGAGCCCCGAAGGCAGCCGCAAGAACCCUGCCCGCACCUGCCGCGACCUCAAGAUGUGCCACUCCGACUGGAAGAGCGGAGAAUACUGGAUCGAUCCCAACCAAGGCUGCAACCUGGAUGCCAUCAAGGUCUUCUGCAACAUGGAGACAGGUGAGACCUGCGUGUACCCCACUCAGCCCCACGUGGCUCAGAAGAACUGGUACAUCAGCAAGAACCCCAAGGACAAGAGGCACGUCUGGUAUGGCGAGAGCAUGACCGACGGAUUCCAGUUCGAGUAUGGUGGCCAGGGUUCCGAUCCUGCCGAUGUGGCCAUCCAGCUGACUUUCCUGCGCCUGAUGUCCACCGAGGCGUCCCAGAACAUCACCUACCACUGCAAGAACAGCGUGGCCUACAUGGACCAGCAGACUGGCAACCUCAAGAAGGCCCUGCUCCUCCAGGGCUCCAACGAGAUCGAGAUCCGGGCCGAGGGCAACAGCCGCUUCACCUACAGCGUCACCUACGACGGCUGCACGAGUCACACCGGAAACUGGGGCAAGACAGUGAUCGAAUACAAAACCACCAAGACCUCCCGCUUGCCCAUCAUCGAUGUGGCCCCAUUGGACGUUGGCGCCCCAGACCAGGAAUUCGGCAUCGACAUUGGCCCUGCCUGCUUCCUGUAAACUCCCUCCCACCCAACCUGGCUCCCUCCCACCCAACCCACUCGCCCCUGACCCUGGAAACAGACAAACAACCCAAACUGAACCCCCCAAAAAGCCAAAAAAUGGG